AGCGGCUUGAUGUUAUAGCUGUACCGCGCAGUGCGUUGGGCAAUGUUGCAGAUUGCCACGUUUCAAUGAUGAAAGGAUGGCGCCUUCAACACAUACGUUUCCAGAAGCUCAAGGACCACCUUCCAGUAUGUGUUUCUGUUUGGCACACCUUCCAGUGGACACGACCUUUUCAGUUACCACGGGCGAGUAUGGAAGCAUGCAGCGCGGCGCUCUUGUAUGGACGCAAGCGGACACAGCUACUGCAGGACAUAAAGCAGGGCCUCAAUGAGCAUAUGAUGGAGUUUCAGAAUUGGGGGCAUGCAGGCGACGUGGACUCCAUCAAUGCAGGGCUGCUACACAUUAUCUGUGAUUGCGCGGCAAAGGUGCUUCAGUCCUCGCCAGGGUAUGAGGAGAGUAAUGAGCUGAAGGUCACCAGGGGCAACAGGUUAUCAUAAUUGCUGUGUCAGGGACGGA